CCAACCUUGUGUUACCAAACAUCACAAAGCUGUAAAGCUCCGAACCGAGACCUGGGGGGUUCCGGGCGGGAAUGGAGCUGGACAAGUUCUGCAGUCCGGACGGUUCCGACCCGUUCUGGGACUGGAACCGUACGUGGCACACUUAUAAUCCGGACCUCACCCCCUGUUUCCAAAACACGGUGCUGGUGUGGGUGCCGUGCCUCUACCUCUGGAUCUGUGCCCCCGUCUACCUCAUCUACCUCCGCCGCCACGACCGCGGCUACAUCUGCAUGAGCCACCUCAACAAAGCCAAAACCGCCGUCGGUGCUCUGCUGUGGGUCGUCUGCUGGCUGGAUGUGUUCUACACCUUCUGGGAACGGAGUGGUGCCGGCGGCUCCACGGCUCCCGUCCACCUGGUCAGCCCGACGCUGCUGGGCCUCACCAUGCUGCUGGCCACCAUGAUGAUCCAGUACGAGCGGAUGAAGGGCGUCCAGUCGUCCGGGGUCAUGCUGAUCCACUGGCUGCUGGCGCUUGUGUGCGCCUCCGUCACCUUCAGAUCCAAGAUCCUCCAGGCCCUGGACCAGCCGGAGACGGUGUCUGUGUGGAGGUACAGCACCUUCUACGUGUACUACGCUCUGCUGCUGGUGGCUCUGUUCCUGUCCUGCCUCAGCGACCAGCCGCCGCUCUUCUCUCAGGCCGUCAAAGACUCGAACCCCUGUCCCGAGCCCGGAGUCUCCUUCCUCUCCAGGAUCACCUUCUGGUGGGUCACCAGGAUGAUGGUGACGGGGUACAAGCGUCCCCUGGAGGAGACGGACCUGUGGUCCCUGAACGCCGAGGACUGCUCCCACAGAGUGGUCCCCCAGCUGGUGCGCCGCUGGAGCUCCGAGUGCCACAAGGUCAAGAGCACAGAACAGAAAACCAUGUACUCCCCCAAACGGGCCCACCACGGUGACGCCAAAGAGACCCGGCCAGUGGACGAGUCUGAAAUCCUGAUCGUAAAAAACCCAAAGAAGAGCCGAGAGGCGUCGCUGCUGUGGGCGCUGUGCCUGACCUUCGGGCCAUACUUCCUGGCCUCCUGUCUCUACAAGAUGAUCCAGGACAUCCUCAUGUUUGUUGGGCCCGAGAUCCUGCGACUGCUCAUCCGCUUCGUCAACGACACCGGCGCCCCCUUCUGGCAGGGCUUCUUCUACACCACCCUGCUCUUCCUGUGCAACUGCGUGCAGUCGCUGAUCCUGCAGAGGUACUUCCACGUGUGCUUCGUGUCGGGCAUGCGUCUGCGCACCGCCAUCAUUGGAGCCGUCUACAGGAAGGCGUUGGUCAUAAGCAGUGAAGCGCGCCGCACGUCCACAGUGGGCGAGAUCGUCAACCUGAUGUCCGUGGACGCCCAGCGCUUCAUGGACCUCAUCACCUACAUCAACAUGGUCUGGUCGGCCCCCCUGCAGGUGGUCCUGGCCCUCUACUUCCUGUGGCAGAACCUGGGUCCGUCCGUGCUGGCUGGAGUGGCUGUCAUGAUCCUGCUGGUCCCCGUCAACGCCGUCAUCGCCAUGAAAACCAAAACCUACCAGGUGGCGCAGAUGAAGAGUAAGGACAGUCGCAUAAAGCUGAUGAACGAGAUGCUGAAUGGCAUCAAGGUUCUGAAGCUGUACGCCUGGGAGCUGGCCUUCAAGAACAAGGUGUCUGAGAUCCGAGAGAGCGAGCUGCAGGUGCUGAAGAAGGCUGCCUACCUGGGGGCCAUGUCCACCUUCACCUGGGUCUGCGCCCCCUUCCUGGUGGCUCUGUCGACCUUCUCCGUCUACGUGCUGAUUGACGAGCACAACGUGCUGGACGCCCAGAAGGCCUUCGUGUCCCUGGCACUCUUCAACAUCCUGCGCUUUCCUCUCAACAUGCUGCCCAUGGUCAUCAGCAGCAUGGUGCAGGCCAGUGUUUCCAUGAAGAGGCUGCGGGUCUUCCUGUCCCACGAGGAGCUGCAGGAGGACAGCGUGGACCAUAAAGCAGUAGCAGGCUCAACACACAGCAUCUCCAUCGUGGACGGCGUCUUCAGCUGGUCCAAGUCUGAAUCUCCAACUCUGAAGAGGCUGAAUGUGUGUUUCCCAGAAGGCUCUCUGGUGGCGGUGGUGGGGCACGUUGGCUCAGGAAAGUCCUCGCUGCUCUCAGCUCUCCUGGGAGAGAUGGACAAGCUGGAAGGAAGUGUAGCUGUGAAGGGUUCGGUGGCCUACGUCCCCCAGCAGGCCUGGAUCCAGAACUCCACUCUGAAGAACAACAUCAUGUUUGGCCAGCAGAGGAACGAGGCGUGGUACCAGCAGGUGGUGGAGGCGUGUGCCCUGCAGCCCGACCUGGAGAUCCUUCCUGCCGGGGACGAGACCGAGAUCGGAGAGAAGGGAGUGAAUCUGUCCGGAGGGCAGAAGCAGAGGGUGAGCCUGGCCAGAGCCGUGUACUGCGACCGGUCCGUGUACCUGCUGGACGACCCGCUGUCCGCCGUGGACGCUCACGUGGGGAAGCACAUCUUCGACCACGUCAUCGGCCCCCAGGGACUGCUGAAGGACAAGACCCGUGUGCUGGUGACCCACGGGCUGAGCUACCUGCCCCACGUGGACCUGGUGCUGGUCCUGGUGGAGGGAGAGGUGACGGAGGUGGGAUCCUACCAGCAGCUCAUGGCCAGAGAGGGAGCCUUCGCCGAGUUCCUGCGAACCUACGCCGCCGUGGAGCAGAGCGAGUCCAGCGAGUCUCCUCCCCAGAGCGGAACCAAGGCGGUAGAGAACGGAGCCAUUCCUGCGCUAGCUGGCGGUCAGGGUGUCAACAGCGUCUCCACACCGCCCCCGCUGGGCAACGACGGCAAGGAGCAGAGCAAGAAGUCCAAGGGCCCUCAGGCUGGGAAGCUGACUGAAGCUGACAAGGCCAAAACAGGACGGGUCAAGCUGUCCGUGUUCUUCACGUACCUGAAGGCCAUCGGGGUGACUCUGUCCUGCAUCAGCCUGCUGCUGUUCCUGUUGCACCACCUGCUGUCCCUGUACUCCAACUACUGGCUGAGCCUGUGGACCGACGACCCCGUGGUCAACGGCACUCAGCCCAACCGGCUGAUGAGGCUGGGUGUGUACGGGGGGCUGGGCCUGUCCCAAGGUGUGGCGGUGUUCUGCUACUCCCUGUCCAUGUCCAUCGGGGGGAUCCUGGCCUCCCGCUACCUGCACCAGUCCCUGCUGUUUGACAUCCUCCGCUCGCCCAUGUCCUUCUUCGAGCGAACGCCCAGCGGCAAUCUGGUCAACCGCUUCGCCAAGGAGUUGGACACCAUCGAUACGAUGAUCCCCAGCAUCAUUAAGAUGUUCCUGGGAUCCAUGUUCAACGUGGUGGGCUCGUGUGUCAUCAUCCUGAUCGCUACACCGCUGGUGGCCAUCAUCAUCCCCUUCCUCGGCCUGCUGUACUUCUUUGUGCAGAGGUUUUACGUGGCAUCUUCCCGCCAGCUGAAGCGUCUGGAGUCCGUUAGCCGCUCUCCCAUCUACACCCACUUCAGUGAGACGCUGCUGGGCACGUCGGUCAUCCGAGCGUUCGGGGAGCAGGAGCGCUUCAUCCGAGAGAGUGACCAGAGGGUGGACCACAACCAGAAGGCCUACUACCCCAGCAUCGUGGCCAACAGGUGGUUGGCGAUCCGCCUGGAGUUUGUAGGGAACUGCAUUGUGUCCAGUGCUGCUUUGUUUGCUGUCAUAGCGAGAGAUAGCCUGAGCCCCGGCAUCAUGGGGCUGGCCAUCUCCUACGCCCUGCAGCUCACCGCCUCGCUGACGUGGCUGGUGAGGAUGUCCUCCGAUGUGGAGACCAACAUAGUGGCCGUGGAGAAGGUGAAGGAGUACGCCGACGUGGAGAAAGAGGCAGAGUGGACCCUGGAGCCCGCCAGCGUCCCCCCCGGCUGGCCCACCGAGGGCUGCAUACACAUCCAGAACUUCGGCCUGCGCUACCGUCACGACCUGGACCUGGCCAUCCGGAACAUCAACAUCCGCAUCAGCGGGGGAGAGAAGGUGGGGAUCGUGGGCCGCACCGGGGCCGGGAAGUCGUCCCUAACGCUGGGACUGUUCCGGAUCAUCGAGGCGGCCGAGGGAAACAUCUUCAUCGACGGCGUGGACAUCGCUAAGCUGGGCCUGCAUGAGCUGCGCUCCAGAAUCACCAUCAUACCACAGGACCCGGUGCUGUUCUCGGGCUCUCUGAGGAUGAACCUGGAUCCGUUUGAGUCCUACUCGGAUGAGGAAGUGUGGAAGGCUCUGGAGUUCUCCCAUCUCAAGAGCUUCGUGUCCGGCCUGCCCCACAAACUCAGCCACGAGUGCAGUGAAGGAGGAGAGAACCUCAGCGUGGGUCAGCGCCAGCUGCUGUGUCUGGCCAGAGCUCUCCUGAGGAAGACCAAGGUCCUGGUCCUGGACGAGGCCACGGCUGCCGUGGACAUGGAGACGGACAACCUGAUCCAGUCCACCAUCCGCUCCCAGUUUGAGGACUGCACGGUGCUGACCAUCGCCCACCGGCUGAACACCAUCAUGGACUACACCAGGGUUCUGGUGUUGGACAAAGGGGAGAUGGCGGAGUUCGAUUCUCCCUCGGCCCUCGUCGCCAAGAGAGGAGCCUUCUACAGGAUGGCCAGGGACGCCGGGCUGGUCUGAAGCAGGAGGCGUCUCCGGGUGUUCCAGCCGUUCCUCUGAGCCUCCCAGCCCUCCUGGCUGCUGCCGGAGGCUCUGGCUUCACCAGCAGGAGGGAGAGGAGACAAGCUUGUUAGGAUUCAGGUGUUUAAACGCAGCAGCGGGAGCAGAGGGGUUAGUUUGAGCUGCUCCACCAGCCUCCUCCGUCCUCCGUCCUCCGUCCUCCUGUCCCCAGAUCUUUCCCCUGCUGCCCCUGACGUGGAGCAGCGUGUUCAGACUAAGACCUGCAGCUGCUGCAGAGAUCCACACUGGAAACUACAUAAUCACUUGUGCCAAAUGCUGCCUUCAUACGCUUUCAAAUGCUGUUUUAGAGCAUCAGCCGUGACUUCAGGAGACGUCUGCAUCCAUCUCUAGACUGCACUAGAUCUGUGCUGUUGGUGUCCUCAGCAAGGAACAUCACUCAUCUACUGCCACGCAGCUGCAGCUGAGAGUUUACAGCUAUACAUGCUGUUGACUGCUGUUUCUGUCCUCACUAGCAGCAUCAGUCCAGUCUGCAGCCUGCAGGCGGCUGAUAUCACACUGAUGUCUAGUGUGUUUGUCUCUUCAUGAAAGAAUGUCAAAGUCCGUAUGCUUGUGUUAAAGCAGAGGUCAGAGGUCAGUCAGAGGUCAGAGGUCGGCCUGAGAGGGUGAGCAGGAGGAAGCUCCGGCCUGAAUGUCAACUCCAGCAGGAAGAGGAGGCUCGUGUUCUGUCACUACGUUACCACUCUGAGGAAUCAGGAGGAGAGGGAGACGGCAGGCUCAGCUGAUGAGCAACACACACCUCACACACACACACACCACACAACCAACACACACACACACACACCACACAACCAACACACACCUCACACGCAUCACAACCAACACACACACAUCACACCACACACAAUCAAACACACAACUAACAACCAAACACAACCAAACACACACAGAUCUCAACCAAACUGCAAACGCACAAUCCUGUGGGUGAAUCUCCAUGGCAGAUUUCCCUCCUCUCUCUUUACUCAGCACUGUUUUUGUUCUUAUUUUAUUCUCUUUGUUCUUUGGGCAGCAGCUUUGAGUCCACGUGUUUCUGUAAGGUCAUACUUUAGUUUGCGGCGGGUGUUUUAAGGAUUUGAGACAACACUGUUCUGAUACGUCUGCUUCUGUGAGGGAGCGCUCUCCACUUUUAUAAGAAAAUGGUUGUUUGGAGGUUCUGAUCUUCUUUUUAAUGUGUGUUUUUGUAUCUGAAUGAUUUGCCUCCCAAAUGGCUGCUCACAUGACAACAAGUUACAAACUGACGGUAGUAAGUUACUUUGAUUCUGUUCUUUGUCGUUGUACUCCAUGUGGGGUCUGACUCUGGUACUCCAGUACGUUUGAGGGGACGGACGUUUCCUGAGUUACAGCUCAGGAAAUCAAUCCAGACUUCUCUUUUGUUUGUUUUUUCACCCGAAUUCUGAAGUGCGGGGAACAGUCGAGUGCUAAUUGGAAAGCUUUUGUACAGGAAAAAAACUAGAAAAUAUGUUUUCAAAACCUUUUCUGUUGAAAACCAAAUAUAGUUUUAACAUCUUUAUUGGGUUGUGCACAAAAAAAACUCCUUAAAGAUAGCUUAAAGCGUGGCCCAAAGGUUUUAGUGCACCUACAGUUAUUCAUCGUUGGAAAUGCAAUGUUUUCUGUUCAAAAUCUCAGGAGCUCUGGAGGCAUUUUAGUUCAUUCGUUUGAAGUGCAACAAAUCCGUCUUAUUCCAACACUUGUGCAAUAUCUGAAUGUUACGGUGGAGGGGUUUCCCCCGCGGUCAGGACGGUGGGUACGGCGCUCUUUUAUUAAUGCAGCAGGAGAUGAUUUACAGGAGAAAAGGCAAAAAAAUGCUUUUUACCUUUAAAGUUUAAAGUCCCCCCAGAACGUUACGGCCUCGCCCGCUGGGGGAGGAAGUUCACCGCCAGCGGGGCCGAAUGAUCUCACAAGAAAAUGAAGGUUUCCUUUUGCCAGCAUAGUAAACCCCACCACUGGGUCAGGCGUGAUGCCGCUACAUGGAGUGGAUUUACUAUUUUCUUGAAAAGGAAAAAAAGGCUUUCCAUGUAACCGUGAUGUGUGUCCAGCGGGCAGAGAGGCUCCGGUGUUGGGACGGGGCUGCAGGACGUCUGGAGCCAGAGCUUUAGGACAUUUAGGCCACGUAGGAAAGCUGACGGAAGCUGCUGUUCUUCAUCUUCAGAACUACAAGCUUUCACAGUUCUGUUACAGUUUGGUGUGAAAAACGUUGUUUCACCGCUUUGAAAACUCAUGCACAAGGCAUGCAAAAAAAAAAGUCAUGCAAAAGGCAUGGUAGUUAUGCAUAAUUGAAAGUACGACGUGAAUACUUGAUGCUUUAUAUGUAUAUGCAGUUAUUUGUGUUAAAAGUUUUGAAAUAAAAAGA